AUGGAAUCUUCAUAUAAACUUGGCCAAGAUGAUAUCCAGGAUUGUUAUAACCGCCUAAAGGAUUUUUUUCCUAAAUUCUUGGAAAUUGCAAAGGAAGAACUAAAAUCAUACGAUAUAUCGCAAAAUGUAAUGUUAUACUAUUCGUACGCACUUCAAUACAACCUUACGGGAGGAAAACUGCUAAGAGGAACGCUGUUGAUAUCCACAGUAAAGUCACUGUGUAGUGGAAACAUGUCAGAGCACUUGUGGUUCCAGACGUUGAUAUUAGGAAUAAAAAACAUCUUAGCAUGGUGUGUGGAGUUAUUACAAACAUCCUUCCUGGUAGCGGACGAUAUAAUGGACCAGAGCACAAAGAGGCGCUCAAACACAUGCUGGUACCUGGUGCCUACAAUAGGAAUAGCUAACGCAAUAAACGAUGUUAUGUUUCUGUACACAAUGAUAAACAGAAUAAUGUUUAAGAUGCUCAAAGAUUCUAAUAAAUUGGUGGAAAUAGUGGAGACCUUUAGCAGAGCGUCAAUGACAACAAUACUGGGUCAGCACAUGGAUACAUACGAGUCGAACAACGAUAAACUGUUCGAAGAUGGGACCUCGGCACUGAAACUGUUUGGAGAAAUAGCAAAAAACAAAACGUCAUAUUACUCAUUUUAUCUGCCAAUAAAACUAGGCAUGAUAAUGGGAAACGUGGAGAAGUCGAACCUGUCGUACCCAAAGGUGGAAGCAGUGUGCGUGCUCAUAGGAUCAUUGUUUCAAGCACAGGAUGAUGUUCUGGAUUGUUACGGAAACCCAGAAAGUUUUGGAAAAGAAGGAACAGAUAUUCAAACAAAGAAGUGUUCAUGGCUACUAGCACAAGCACUGAACUCGGCAACAGAAGAGCAGAGGAAAAAGUUGAGAGAGAACAUAGGAAUCAACGAUGCAACAAAGGUGGAGGCAGUAAAGAGAAUAUACGAUCAAAUGAGAUUGGAGGAAAAGUUUAUAGAGUACGAAUUGGAACUGGAAGAUAAGAUAAACAGGUAUUGGAAGAUAAAAGUGGUAGAUAAGUAUUAA